AUGGAACAAGAAUACUGCAUGCGUGACGAUCACACGAACGUGGCGAUUCCUUUUCGCUCGCUGUAUGGAGGUAAGUUUAGCUAAGUUUAAUUUAUAGGGAAGCCCUCAUUCUUGCUUCUAAUUCAUAUAGAGUCAUUGUGUUUUUUCUAAUGUUUCCAUGUCAUUUCUGCAACAAUAUAUAGUUAUCCGCAUGUAAACGUUUUUCUUUGCCUGAUAAAUAUUCUUUUCGUUGUAGAUGUUUGUCCUUUGACGAAAGAUAUUCUCUCUCAAGCGACGUAUGAUUUCCAGAAUCAUUGCGGCAUGAAGUGUUUGCAAAAUCCAUUGUGUGCUGGAUACAAUUUUAAGAAAAAACACCAGAAGAAGACUCCAAACUGCCAGUUAACAAACACGCUGGAUCACAACUUUCAUGAGUGCAACGCUGAUGACAAAGGCUGGAUAUUUUAUCAUCCCGUUGCUCCAAGAAUGGUACGAAACUGCAGUAAAAAUAUAUCCUUAAUAAAUUUUGCCUGAAUUAGCUUAUUAAUAUCUAGCAAGCAAUGCCCCCAGUCUUAAAUAGCUCAUUUAUAUACGCGGAAUUAGUGAAAAGCAUGCAGCUAGUGAAAAGAAUGCAUGCAUGAGAAUUUGCGAUCUUCACAAAUUUUCCUAUUAGCUAUACCUUAUUCGGUUAUAUAUAGCUAGGCCAAGGUGCCACCAAACGUAUAAAUGCAAUGUAUACUCCGCCGGCAACAAGUGAAAAUUCGUUGCCCGCCUGAAUUGGCUAUACGUGUAUAAAAUAAAUAAAAUUUGGGCAGAACUCGCAAGUUUAGAAACAGGGAUUUUCCAAGUUUGUGUUAAAAUAAAGAAGGUAUAAAAGAGAAGAAAAAUACACAACAGGCAACAGGAUAUGCUGCAUGCUGAAACCGUUUAAGUAAAGUAGGUUAGUUUAGUUUCAGAACUCCUUUACAUUAUAGAGUUUUAAUUUGUCAUGAAAUGCAAUAAUUUAUUGCUGCAUGUAUAAAUAUAUUAUGUUGCUGAUUUUACUUUCGUCGCUAUAUAACAAGACGACGUAUAUAUCGGCGCAUUGUGCAUGUGCUUGAUCUACACAGUACAACUACAGUUGUAACACUAGGUUGCAUGCGACAGUGUUAGGUAAAAGUUGUGUGGUGUAAAAAACCGGCUGGUUGGAAUGGUUUAGAGUCCAAUUUGGACUCAAUUAUAUUUAUAUGAGGAAAUUGUAUAUGGGCCUACUUUUUUGAGAAAAUUGUAUACUACAGACAGUUGAUUCACUAUUGUAUCUUUUUACUCUGUAGUUCCGAAAAUAUUUUUAAUCAAAAAAGUUAGCUAUAUUUAACGACAUCCACUGCGAUAUAUAUUAUCAUUUAAAACUCGUUCUCAUUAAAAAAUACCGGACCAAUAUAGUUAUUAUAGUAAUUACCUGUAACUUGUGAUGUUAUUCUGUUAUUUCAGCUUAAACAAUUAAAUUUGCAUACAGGCUGAAUUUCUCUUAGUUUACGGUGGGCUGAAUUCUAACACAUUUGCUUUCCAGGUUCCAUGUCAUAAAAUGAAGAAUUGUAAAAAUGGAGGAAAGACGAUAAUUUAUCUCAAAGAUGGACCUGGUUCUGAUCCUUACAGAUGUGAGUGUCUAAAGGGAUUCAGUGGAGAUCUCUGCCAAAUUGGUGAGUUGUUAAAGAAAAAGAUUGCUGCGCGAGAUAAAGAUGAAAUAGAAUGAGAAUCAGAAGUUGUUGCAACAAGAACUCAUAUCAAGCCAUGCUAAAAAUGUUUACGCAUGUUCGCUCGGGUGCUGCAACUUCAACAUGAAACUGUCCACUGCAUAAUAUUAAUUAGCAUUCAUUCAAUUCAGCUUUUGUUGCAAGUGCAGCAAUUUUGUUGCCUGUGUUACUCCUCUUUAAGUAUUAUAUUAUUUUGCUGCCGAGGUUUGUUGGAUUCUUUAUCUAUGUAUAGAUAGAUAAGGGUACGAAUUUGAGACCAUAUAUAGCUACCACUUUGGUAAAACAUCUGCAUGCACACGAGUGAGAUUUUUUAAAGACGAUCAAAAUUAAAUGCAAAUGAAUUUUUUUGGAACUUUUUUGGGACUUAAUUUUUAACUUGAUGUUUUUUUCAUAUAUGCGAUCGUUUCAACAUUUUUUAAUGCCUUAUAUAAAACAAUAAUACAAUAAAUAAUAAUGAUGUGUUGACCGUUAGAAUUUCAUCAUAUUUCUUAUUCUCAUUUAGUUCCGACACUUUCUGACUCCGUCAUAUUGUCUGGAGAACCAGCUGACUUUCUGACAAGAUUAACUUCAUGGACCGGAAAGCCAAGCAGUAAUUGGACGCUGUGUUGGCGUGCAACUCUACAUGGAUGGGCAGCCAGUACCUUUCAUUUAAAAUGUGAUAACAAGAAACCAACCGUGACCAUAAUAAAAGUUGGUAACUUCAUCUUCGGUGGUUAUGCUACGGAAUCUUGGAAUG